AUGGAUGCUCAUGCCCAAGGCAACAGCCCCCCUCGUCGGAUCAACUGGCGGGGAAUAAUCACCAAAUGGUUGAAAAUAAUCGCCAAGUGGUGGGGAGCAAUCGCCAUCCUCUCCGUCGGCGCCAUCCUUAUCGUCGUCUUGGCAGCCUUGAUCCUCUUCAAGCAGGUCGUAAUCAAACCCCUCGACCCUGAGUUCCGCCUCCAAUCCGCCACCGUCUCCCUCUUCAACACCUCCGCUGCCGAAUUCACCGCCACGUGGGACGUGAAGUUCAUCGCCGUUAACCCCAACCACAAGCUCAACAUCUCCUACAACAGCAUGAGGGCUGCAAUGUUCUACAAAGCGAACAACAGCGACGGCAACGGCGUCUUGCUCGCAACGAAGCCGGUGCCGCCGCCGUCGUCUUUGAGCCCCAAGGCCGAGACCACUCGCAGUUUCAGAGUCGAAACGGCGUCGGCGUACGUGGGCGAGGACGUGGCGAAGGAAAUCUCGGAGGGGAGAGCUCGUGGGUCGGUGAGCUUUGUGCUCAGGUUGUUGGGUUCGUUUAAGUUUUCCUCGUACUGGACAGAUCCCAGAAAGUUUGAGGCCUCUUGCCACCGGGUCGAGUUCGGGUUUUCCCCGGGAAACUCGACCGGGGCACUGACACUGGGUCAGUCAAGGGUAUGCGGGACUGAUCUGGGAAGUGGUAAGUUUUGUCUUUUCGAUUGA